CAACCCCGAUAGAUGCGGUAUAAGUGAGUCGCUUUGCUAGCUGGCUACAGUAUUGCAUACAUUACUGCAAACUGGUGGCAGACGCUCAUCCAAGAUAUCCUCGCCAAGACAAACUGAAGGACGAGAGGCUGGGAAGUUAUCCAUGCCUGUGCACUAGCUUAUAGGCUUUUGUCCUUCGGAAUAACACAUAAAAUGGCUUUAAAUGUGUUUGAUAAUGAUGAAUACAGACCACCAGUGUGGAAGUCCUACUUGUACCAGCUCCAGCAGGAGGCGCCACAUCCACGCAGAGUCACCUGCACAUGCGAGGUGGACAACCGGCCCAAAUAUUAUGGAAGAGAGUACCACGGCAUGAUCUCCAGGGAAGAGGCUGAUCAGUUGCUCAGCGUUGCCGAGGGCAGCUACCUCAUCCGGGAGAGCCAGAGGCAGCCUGGGACCUACACGCUGGCUCUGCGCUUCGGGAACCAGACCAGAAACUUCCGCCUCUACUACGAUGGGAAGCACUUUGUCGGGGAGAAGCGUUUCGAGUCCAUCCACGACCUGGUGACAGACGGGCUGAUCACCCUCUACAUCGAGACCAAGGCGGCCGAGUAUAUCGCCAAGAUGACAAUCAACCCCAUCUACGAGCACGUCGGCUACACCACCCUCAACAGGGAGCCGGCACUCAAGAAACACGUGCCUGUCCUCAAGGACGUCCCAGACGGGAAAGAGCCCCCCGGGGAGGAGGGCAGCCUGGAGGAGCGGCUCACCUCGCUGGUCCGCAGAGCCACGCUGAAGGAGAACGACCGCACGCCCAAGUAUGAGAAAGUCCACAACUUCAAGGUGCACACGUUCCGAGGACCUCACUGGUGUGAAUACUGCGCCAACUUCAUGUGGGGGCUGAUCGCUCAGGGAGUCAAAUGUGCAGACUGCGGGCUGAAUGUCCACAAACAGUGCUCCAAGAUGGUGCCCAACGACUGCAAGCCGGACCUGAAGCACGUCAAGAAGGUCUACAGCUGCGACCUCACGACCCUGGUGAAGGCUCAUAAUACCAAGCGGCCGAUGGUGGUGGACAUGUGCAUACGGGAGAUCGAGUCCAGAGGUCUUAAGUCUGAGGGGCUGUACAGGAUAUCAGGAUUCAGUGAUUUAAUUGAAGAUGUCAAGUUGGCAUUUGACAGAGAUGGCGAAAAGGCAGACAUCUCUGUGAAUGUUUAUGAAGAUAUCAAUAUCAUCACUGGUGCACUUAAACUCUACUUCAGGGAUUUGCCCAUUCCUGUCAUCACGUACGACGCCUACCCCCGAUUCAUCGAGGCUGCCAAGCUCACGGAUCCUGACGAGCGGCUGGAGGCCCUCCACGAGGCGCUGAAGCUCCUGCCGCCCGCGCAUUGCGAGACGCUGCGGUACCUCAUGGCCCACUUGAAGAGGGUUACGCAGAACGAAAAGGACAACCUCAUGAACGCAGAGAACCUGGGCAUCGUGUUCGGGCCCACCCUGAUGCGAGCGCCAGACCUGGACGCCAUGACUGCGCUCAACGACAUCCGCUACCAGAGGCAGGUGGUGGAGUCCCUCAUCAAGAACGAAGACAUUCUCUUCUGAAAAGGGAUGAA